CCCCCCACUUGGCCCAGCUCAGCGCCUCUCCCUUGAGUCCUCCCACUGGAGGGGCAAUAAAGUGGGGGGAGGGAGACGUUUCAGCAGCAGUCUGCGCCUCCCCCCGCCCCGGGCUUUUCUGACUCUGGGGCCCGGAGCCUCCGGCCGGUGUGGCCCCAGCUCAGUUCUUGCCCCCCAGGGCCCAGCCCCACAGCGGCUGCCUGGUUUGGCACAGGGUUGGCCUGGUAGGCGGGUUGGGGGACCAGGUGCUGACUUCAUGUCUGAGUUAUCACCCAGGUGAAUCAUUAACACCUUGCAAUAAAGUACCUGGACUUGCAAAACUGCCUGUCAAGGACACAUGCUCCCCACCCUUCUCCAGGGACUGGGGGGGGGGGCUUCCCCAGGAUGGGACCUUCUCCCACCUCCUCCCCCCCCCCCAAAGCCCCAUCCCAUCAUGCCUCAGUCUGUAAUAUCAUCGUGGGGCUCUGAUGCGCCGAAUGGACCUGCUGCAGAAAUGCAGCUACCGCUGGGGCGGAGCGUGGCAACUCUAGGGAAGGGAAGGGGAACCGAGUGUCUGGCGGGAGCUGGGAACGGGCCAGCCAAGGGCCAGGGGUAUUUUAAUAACCCCGAGCCACUCAGACCUCCCGAAAGACGUGUCCUCCAGCAGCCCCGCGCCCCCAGCACGCUGGGUGGGACGGGAACUCCAGUGCCUCAUUAGCACCAAGCCCUGAAGCCAGAUUUCUCCCAGGGUGGGGGGUCUUAUGUGCCCCUGCUUAGCCUGCAAGACAGGAUCUGCAGCGCGGGGGGGGCUCAGGCCCAGUCAUCAUGGGGGGGGGAUUUGACACCCCAGUAAUUAGCUUUGUUACCUUGCUCAGACCGGAUAGUGGGCGGGGGGCCAAAUCUGGGUCUGGGAUCCCUGGGCGGCUCCUGGACUGUCCAGCAGCCUGGAGAGAGACGUUCGGGCAGGUGAAACUGGGGACGCCUUGCCCCCCCCCGGGGCCCAGCUGGGCCAAAGAGCCGCAGGCUGAUGGCCCAUCUCCUCCUCCCAGCCAGCGGCAGCCCCCCUGCCGCCCGCGGGCCAGACGUGGCUUCCUGGCCGGGGAGUUCCAAGGCCGCCAAGCAGGAGAAGUUGCACCUUCACCUCCUGGCCCCGCAGCCGAUCGCUCCACACCCCCGCGCGAGGCCGAUGACCAGAACCGAGACCGGCAGCCGGUGCCCGCUGGUACCAAAGUGAGUGCAAGACGCCCUGUCCCGGGCCGUUCCGGUCAGUUCCCUCCUGACCCCGGAGAGCGGCCGUCGCACACGCCCAGCUCCCUGCCCGUUGCCUCCGGCUGGCCAGUCCUUGCUGCGAGCCGGGCGAGGGACGAGCCGGUGCCGCUAACCAGUUGUGCUACCCCACGACUGCGCCUGCUUCGCCGCGGGACGGACACGGCCAAGGAGGAACAAGCAGCAACAGGUGGGUUUUGA